GGCACCGAAGCAGAAACCCGCACACCGAGCUCGAGCUGCGCACACGUCCCACUGCCGCCAAACGCUUGCUCUGCUCACGCCCAACGCUACGAUGGCUGCAAGCACCGCGGCGGCGCCAGGCUGCUACGACAUGCCGGAGGGCGUGGACGUCCGGGGCCGGUACGACCCGGCGUUCGCGUCCGUCCUGACCCGCGGCGCGCUGGCGGUCGUGGCGGGCCUGCAGCGCGAGUUCCGCGGCGCCGUCCGGCACGCCAUGGAGCAGCGGCGGGAGGCCCAGCGGCGGUACGACGCCUGCGAGUCGCCGCGGUUCGACCCGGCCACGAGGUUCGUCCGGGAGGGGAGCUGGAGGUGCGCGCCCGUGCCGCCGGCCGUCGCGGACCGCACCGUGGAGAUCACGGGCCCCGCCGAGCCCCGGAAGAUGGUCAUCAACGCGCUCAACUCCGGUGCCAAGGUCUUCAUGGCUGACUUCGAGGACGCGCUGUCGCCGACGUGGGAGAACCUGAUGAACGGGCAGGUGAACCUGCGCGACGCCGUGGCCGGCACCAUCACCUACCGCGACGCGGCGCGCGGCCGGGAGUACAGGCUCAACGACCAGACCGCGAAGCUCUUCGUCCGGCCCCGCGGCUGGCACCUCCCGGAGGCGCACAUCCUCAUCGACGGCGAGCCGGCCAUCGGCUGCCUCGUCGACUUCGGCCUCUACUUCUUCCACAACCACGCCGCCUUCCGCGCCGGCCAGGGCGCCGGGCUCGGGCCCUUCUUCUACCUCCCCAAGAUGGAGCACUCCAGGGAGGCGAGGAUAUGGAACGGCGUGUUCGAGAGGGCGGAGCAGACGGCCGGGAUCGAGCGGGGAAGCAUCCGGGCGACGGUGCUGGUGGAGACGCUGCCGGCGGUGUUCCAGAUGGACGAGAUCCUGUACGAGCUGCGCGACCACUCGAUGGGGCUCAACUGCGGCCGCUGGGACUACAUCUUCAGCUACGUCAAGACGUUCCGCGCCCACCCGGACCGCCUCCUGCCCGACCGCGCCCUCGUCGGCAUGGGCCAGCACUUCAUGCGCUCCUACUCCCACCUCCUCAUCCGCACCUGCCACCGCCGCGGCGUCCACGCCAUGGGCGGCAUGGCGGCUCAGAUCCCGAUCAAGGACGACGCAGCGGCGAACGAGGCGGCGCUGGAGCUGGUGCGCAAGGACAAGCUGCGGGAGGUGCGCGCGGGGCACGACGGCACGUGGGCGGCGCACCCGGGGCUCAUCCCGGCGAUCCGGGAGGUCUUCGAGGGCCACCUCGGCGGGAGGCCCAACCAGAUCGGCGACGCCCCCGCGGGGCAGGAGCAGGAGCCCGUCACGGUCACGGCGGAGGACCUCAUCCAGCCGCCGCGGGGCGCGCGCACGGUGGACGGCCUGCGGCUCAACGCCCGCGUGGGCGUGCAGUACCUCGCGGCGUGGCUGGCCGGCUCCGGCUCCGUGCCGCUCUACAACCUGAUGGAGGACGCGGCCACCGCGGAGAUCAGCCGCGUCCAGAACUGGCAGUGGCUGCGGCACGGCGCGGCGCUGGACGCCGGCGGCGUCGAGGUGCGCGCCACGCCGGAGCUGCUCGCGCGCGUCAUGGAGGAGGAGAUGGCCAGGAUCCAGGGCGAGGUGGGGCCCGAGAGGUUCCGGAAGGGGAGGUACGUGGAGGCCGGGAGGAUCUUCAGCCGGCAGUGCACGGCGCCGGAGCUUGACGACUUCCUGACGCUGGACGCGUACAACCUCAUCGUGGUGCACCAUCCCGGAGCUGCCGAUAAGGCUGAAUAAAGCUUCAAGCUUGAUAGACAUGAACAGCAGUGUAAUGCUCACAGCAUAUUCUGAGGUUGUCAUGUAGUAAGGUGCUGAGUAUGUAAUAAAGAACAUUUACCUGGUACUUCAUUGCACUGAGGCUGAAGAGGUUUCCUAAAGAUGACUGUACUGGGGAAUACCAAACAUGUGCAGUUCACUGAAAGGUAGGAAGAGAAUUUUCUUGCCAGAGGAUUGCUGAGAAAUACAGAGUAGCCUGAAUGAGUUCA